AUGCGCGGGCCGCGGUGCCGCCGUGCCGCCGUGCCGGUGCGCCAGCGCCCAGCGCCACCAGGGCCCAGGCACCAGUCCACCACCGUCCACCGCCGGCGCCACUGCGCCACAUCGCGCGUGCCCCGUGCGGCCGUGCCCGUGCGCCACCGGCCCACCGCCGUGACUCCGUCACUCCGCCGACCGCCCGUCAGUGUCAUCACUCACGAAGGUCAGAAUUGCAAAAUGUCAUCCGCUGCGUCAACUGCACAUACAAGCCAGUCAACAUCAAAAAAAGAUCCAGCUUGGGAGCAUGCCUUACCUCUAACUGGAAAGGAAACCAAAAAUCAAGUUGGAUGCAAAUACUGCAAAAAUUACUUCAACGGUGGAAUAACAAGGUUUAAGAAGCACUUGGCUGGAGUUAAAGGACAGAGUAUUUCCUGUAAACAGGUUCCUAAAAAUGUUAAGGAGAAAAUCAAAGCAAUGUUGGAUGCACAUGAUGAAAAGAAGAGCGCAAAAUUGGAUUGCCAGUUGCGUAUGAGGCAACAAGUUAAUAUCAAUGAAAAUGACGAGGAGGAUUGUGUUGUAAUGGAAGGAGGAGGAGAAAUUGAAGAUCAAGCAGGUUCAUCAAGUGCUCUAGUCCCUAAGCAGCCCAAAAUUAAGGGACCAAUGGACAGCUAUUGUAUGCGGCCAGAGCAAGCUCGUGCAAAAGGAAAGCAUCUGCAGACAACGAUGAGCCAACAUUAUAAGGUCAAAGAAAGGGAAAAGGCUCAUGAAUAUAUUGCAGAUUGGUUUUACCAAGCAGCAAUUCCGCACAAUACAGUUCUUCUUGAUUCUUUUGAUCUAAUGCUAGAGGCGAUUGGUCAAUUUGGCCCAGGAUUGAAGAAACCUUCUCCUUACCAACUUGGAACCCCUUUACUGAACAAACAUGUCAAUCUGGUCCAUGAAUUUUUGGAAGUGCAAAAGGAGCAAUGGUCUUUAACUGGAUGCUCCAUUAUGACAGAUGCUUGGACAGAUCGGCGUGGAAGAAGCCUAAUGAACUUGGUUGCUCACUGUUCUAGAGGUGUGUGUUUUCUUGAAGCCAUUGAUGCUUCCAUGGAGGUUCAUGAUGGGAAGUAUAUCUACAGCUUGGUAAGCUCUUGUAUUGAUGACAUUGGUCCCGAAAAAAUUGUGCAAGUGGUUACUGAUAAUGCUUCAAACAAUAUUGCUGCAUCAAAGUUGCUUAAAUUGAAAUAUCCUCACAUCUUUUGGACUGCAUGUGCUGCACAUUCUAUUGAUCUAAUGCUAGAGGAUAUUAGUAAGAUAUCUAUGGUUCAUAAUAUUAUUCGAGAUGCCAAGGCUAUCACAAAUUUACUUUAUGCACAUACUAGAUUGCUAGCCAUUAUGCGUCAAUAUACCAAAGUUGACUUAGUUAGAGCUGGUACUACUCGAUUUGCCACUAGUUACUUGAACUUGAGAAGUCUCUAUGAUAAACGAAAUGAAUUGAAGCAGCUAUUUGCAUCACAAGAGUGGGAUAAAAGUUCUUGGUCCAAAAAGAUUUCAGGACAGAAUGCACAUGACUUGGUCCUGAACAACAAGUUCUGGUCACAAAUGCUAGAAGUUAUAAAUUAUUUUGAGCCACUUGCAUAUGUACUUCGAAGAGUAGAUGGUGAUGUUCCAGCAAUGGGAUACAUUUAUGGUGAUAUUCUCAAAGCAAAGCAAGAUAUUGCAGUACGCUUAAAUGGAAAUGAGAAAAAAUAUGGUCCUAUUUGGGGAAUCAUAGAUGCAAGGUGGGACAGCAAGCUUAAGACUCCAUUGCACAAAGCUGGGUAUUUCUUAAAUCCAGGUUUCUUCUAUGACAAUAAGAAAGAAAUGGAGGAUGAAGUCUUGAUGGAAGCUGUUGUACAAUGUGCAGCUCAAAUGUACCGUGAUGAUAUAACAAUGCAAGAUAAUAUUGUUUCUCAGCUUACUAUGUACACUGAAGCCACAGGUUCUUUUGGAACACCAAUGGCUAUAAGACAAAGAAAUAUUCCAACAAUUUCCCCAGCGAACUGGUGGUCUGUACAUGGAGGUAGUGCAAAGGAUCUAAGGAAGAUGGCUAUCAGAAUUUUAAGUCUAACUUGUAGCUCUUCUGCAUGUGAAAGAACUUGGAGCGCAUUUGAGAGAGUGCAUUCUAAGAAAAGAACUAGAUUGGGUCAGCGUAAACUAAAUGCUCUUGUCUUCGUCAUGUUCAACAAGAGGCUGCAAUGGAAGUAUUCUCAAAAGGAUAGGGACCCCUUGGUUGCGAAAUUCAUUGAUGAUGAGUCAACAAAUGAAUGGAUUGUAGAUCCUGAUGCACCAGCACCACAAUUAGAAGAUGAUGCUCAGAGUGGUAGUGUGAGAGGUAAGCGAAGAUUAAUCCAUAAAAGUUCAUCAAGCAAAGCAAAGAAAGCACGAGUUGUUGCAGAAGAUGAGCAGGAAGAAUUUGAUUCUUCUGAAAGUGAAGAGGAAGAGGAAGGGAACAUCCCUUAUGCAGAUGGAGAUGGUUCAAAUGACCAUGAGGCCGAUGAUGUUGCUUCUGACAACGAAUGA